AUGGCCAAACUCAAGGAAAACAUAAGUAUAACUACUUUCUCAAACUACUACAAAUGGUACUUGUAUACCGUGGCUGCUGGCCAGCUGGUGCUUCCCGCCCCUACCCAGGAUUUUAUUACCAAGGCUGGCAACAAGGGGGGACAGGCCUCACAAAAGCAGGUUAAUAAUGCUGUUAAAUGGUACAAGCAAUUAUUUAAUGAUUUUACUGCAGAAAAACAACUUUCUAUACCUACACCUACUCAUACUCCGAGAUCCAAGACCGCUACUUCUGUCAGCCAAACCUUGGCGUCCAGUCCUCUUGGAAAGUUAAAUAUUAAUAGAUCUCAUUCUCCUCUGCCCCUCUGCCAGGAUAGAAAGUUAGCAUUACUUACCAAUAAUCUAGCACCUGAAGCUUCACAGCAAAAGAAUAAUACUGAGAAUAAUAAAGAACAGAAUAAACAGUCUGAGAAGGAGCAAGAUGAACAUAAUAAGAAAUCUGAGGAGGAAUCUGAGAAAGAGGAUAAGGAGAAGUCUGAGGAGGAGAAUGAGAAAGAGAAAAUCUAUACUUAG